CCAGGUUUGGACGAGGAGCACUGACGCCGAGCUCAAGGAAGGAGAGACGAGACGAGGCGACGCUGCUGUGCCUGAAGAUUGGCAGAGGCGAAGCCAUGCUGUGGUUCCUGGUCCUGACCUGUGUCCUCUCCAUGGGAGGACACGUCACACAAGGACAGAGAGAUGGAGAAAUUAUCAGUCAGAUCAAACUGUCCAACAUUGCACUGGCUGAGAUCAAGGAGCUUCUGAAACAACAGAUAAAAGAGAUCGUGUUCCUGAAGAACACAGUGAUGGAGUGUGAGGCCUGCGGGAUGGGAGGAAUGCAGCCUCGUCCCUCCUGUGUGCCCAACCCCUGCCACCCGGGGGUGGCGUGCAUGGAGACACCUCAGGGUGUAAAGUGUGGACCCUGUCCUGAAGGCAUGGAUGGAAACGGGACCCACUGCACUGACGUGGACGAGUGUUCAGUGAUGCCGUGUCACAUGGGCGUGCGCUGCAUCAACACCUCGCCGGGUUUCCGCUGCGGCUCCUGUCCCGCUGGAUACACGGGCCCCCAGGUCCAGGGCGUCGGCCUCGCCUACGCCACCGCCAACAAACAGGUGUGCAAGGACGUCAAUGAGUGUGAAGGGCCCAACAAUGGAGGCUGUGUGGAAAACUCUGUCUGUAUGAACACACCUGGCUCCUUCAGGUGUGGACCCUGUAAAACGGGUUACGUUGGCGACCAGCGACGCGGCUGCAAGCCUGAAAGAGCCUGUGGGAACGGCCAGCCCAACCCCUGCCACGCCAGCGCCGAGUGCAUCGUCCACCGGGAGGGAAAAAUCGAGUGUCAGUGUGGAGUCGGAUGGGCCGGCAAUGGCUACCUCUGUGGUCCUGACAUCGACAUCGACGGUGUCCCCGAUGAGAAACUGGACUGUCCCGAGAUGAGCUGUAGUAAGGAUAAUUGUCUCACUGUUCCCAACUCGGGUCAAGAAGACGCAGACAGAGAUGGAAUCGGAGACGCCUGCGAUGAGGAUGCCGAUGGAGACGGGAUCCUCAACAUGCAGGACAACUGUGUGCUGGUGCCCAACGUGGAUCAGGGGAACAUCGACGAGGACGACUUUGGCGACGCUUGCGACAACUGCCGUGCAGUGAAAAACAACGACCAGAAAGACACCGAUGUGGACAAAUUUGGCGACGAGUGUGAUGAAGACAUUGAUGGAGACGGAAUCCCCAAUCAUCUGGAUAACUGCAAAAGGGUUCCCAACGCCGACCAGAAAGAUCGAGAUGGAGACAAAGUGGGAGACGCCUGCGACAGUUGUCCUUAUGUUCCCAACCCCGAACAGACGGAUGUGGAUAACGACUUGAUUGGCGACCCCUGCGACACCAACAAGGACAGUGACGGCGAUGGUCACCAGGACUCUCGGGACAACUGCCCGGCUGUCAUCAACAGCUCUCAGCUCGACACAGACAAAGAUGGCAAGGGGGACGAGUGCGACGACGACGAUGACAACGACGGCAUCCCGGACCUGCUGCCGCCGGGUCCUGAUAACUGCCGCCUGAUCCCCAACCCCCUGCAGGAGGACUCUGAUGGCAAUGGUGUCGGUAAUGUAUGCGAAAAGGAUUUCGACAACGACACCAUUGUCGACACCAUCGACGUCUGUCCAGAAAAUGCCGAGGUGACCCUCACGGACUUCAGAGAGUACCAGACGGUUGUUUUAGAUCCGGAGGGAGACGCACAGAUCGACCCCAACUGGGUGGUGCUGAACCAGGGAAGAGAGAUAGUCCAGACCAUGAACAGCGAUCCUGGGUUGGCUGUUGGCUACACUGCCUUCAGCGGCGUGGACUUCGAAGGGACGUUUCAUGUCAAUACGGUCACGGACGACGACUACGCCGGGUUUAUCUUCGGCUACCAGGACAGCUCCAGCUUCUACGUGGUGAUGUGGAAGCAAGUGGAGCAGAUCUACUGGCAGGCGAACCCGUUCAGAGCGGUGGCAGAACCCGGCAUCCAGCUGAAGGCCGUGAAGUCAAACACGGGACCAGGCGAGAACCUGAGGAACGCCCUGUGGCACACGGGCGACACCAGCGACCAGGUGAAACUCCUGUGGAAGGACGCCCGCAACGUCGGCUGGAAGGACAAGACUUCGUAUCGCUGGUUCCUCCAACACCGGCCUGCUGACGGCUACAUCAGAGUGCGUUUCUUCGAGGGUCCUCAGAUGGUGGCGGACACCGGCGUGAUCAUCGACGCCACGAUGAGAGGAGGCCGACUGGGGGUCUUCUGCUUCUCCCAGGAGAACAUCAUCUGGGCCAACCUGCGCUAUCGCUGCAACGACACUCUUCCCGAGGACUUUGACACCUACAGAGCUCAGCAGGUCCAGCUGGCGGCCUGAGGGAAACGGGGGACAACAGACGAGCCCGAGGGCAAAUCAGGGAAGACCUUCCAAUGCACACCUGCGCCUCAGAAAGAAAGAAACAACGUUUAAUGAAAAAGUCCAAGACGCGUCUCCGGAGUGAGGUGAAAAGAUUGACUGUGCCCAAAAAACUCGAGAGGAAACUCCACAAGCUGUAAAAACUCUUCAGGAGGAACUGGACGUAAAAUGAAACGUUCAACAGAGAAUCCAUCAGUUUUCCAAUGAAAUCGGUCUGAAAUAAUGCUGCAACAAAAUAGCAUCAACUAUAGUUUUUAUAACUUUCAAUGUAUACUUUCUGACGGAAGAGCGAAUGCAAGGAUUAAAACUAUCACUAACAAAUAAAA